AUGGCCCCGUCAGAUGUGCAGGCACUGCGGGCAAGCCUCACGGUGUGUACAUCCUGCCCUCUUGCUUUGCAGGAAACUCGAUGUUCCUUGAUGAUCGGGCAGGUGCCGAAGAACUGCGACGCUGUCCUCUUUCUUGAGAAGCUGGGCGAGAUAGAUGUUUUACACACGCUGCGUUUCUUCUACAUGCCCAUUGACAAGAGUCGCAAGCGGCAUUUCGGAUAUGUCUUCCUGGAGGUGUCUGAGCCAUGUGUGAUCGUCACACUCUUGCGAUGUUUGCCCAAGUUGGGGGAGCUUUUGGGCACGCUACGCCGAAAGCGGCAGCUGCAUUUACACUUUGCUCGAAUACAGGGCUGGAAAAACUUCAUGCGGCAGUACAGCGAUUCGGACUUCAUCUUCGAGCCGAAUGCCAAUGUGCGACCUCAAAUAUUCCUUCCGCACCGAAUGUCUGAGACUGGCGCAAAUUUUCAGGAUUUGUUACCUGCCGAUCUGAGCAAAACUUAUUUUGAUAAAGAGCUUCGUGACCAAUAG